AUGAAGUUCGCUACGCUGCAGUUUGCUCCUAAACUGGGCGAAAUAGCGGCGAAUUUCAGCCGGGCCGAGAGUCUGCUCAUGCGAGAGGAGAGAGAGGGCUUACUGACAGGAAUUGAUCUGCUUGUACUACCCGAGCUUGCAUUUACAGGGUAUAAUCAUCCCUCACUUCAGGCCAUUGCGCCGUUCCUUGAGCCAACUGCAGCAGGCCCAUCCACCAGAUGGGCCGCCCGUACCGCAAAGCGCUUGAAAUGCACCGUCGCUGUUGGCUAUCCGGAAGCAGCCGAAGAAGGUAAUUUCAACACCAUUUUCGAUAAGCACAUUACUGCCGAGGUUGGAACUAUUGCCUACAACUCCUUGGUCUUUGUCAGUGCAGCUGGAGAUGUGGUUGCCCAUUACCGUAAGUCAUUUCUGUACUAUACGGACGAGACCUGGGCACAGGAAGGGCAAGGCUUUUGGGCUGGAGUCCUCCCUAUUGGUGGCGAUGGUCAGCAGAUCAAGGCCGCAGCUGGGAUUUGCAUGGACAUCAACCCCUACAAGUUCGAGGCAGCCUGGACAGCAUAUGAAUUUGGUAAUCACGCGCGGGAAGCACGUGCGAAGGUUGUCGUCAUCAGUAUGGCUUGGCUCACGAGGCUGAGCGCAGAGGAGCUGUCGAGUCAGGUGACGGUACCAGACCAGGACACUAUCAGCUACUGGAUCAACAGGCUCAGUCCACUUUUUGAGGCCCAAGGCUCUGAAACCGAGGCUCUUGUGAUCUGUGCGAAUCGGGCGGGUGAAGAAGGUACAGAUUAUCGACUGGGAGAUGUCAGAUAUGCGGGCAGUAGCUGCGUCAUGGGCAUGACGAAAGGAAGGCAGAUAAGAAUAUGGGACAUGUUGGGGAGAGCUCAAGAAGGGGUUCUGAUGGUGGACACCGAGAGCGAGCCGCUGUACUCCAUUGUUCUCAACCCUAUGGAGCGGACAGACACAGUGGCCGGAGCAGAGAUCAAUGACCCCGCAGAUAUGACCAAAACUGGAGUGGCAUCCACGGAGAAAGAGCAUGGAACUUUGAAGAGCUAA